UGUUCUGAAUUUCCACCUGCCCGCCCCAGCCGCUUAUAGUGCACAGCACAUGAAGUUAAAGCUGCUCAGUGUCCCUCUCUCUGCCCGUGGAUUAGUAGGAGCAGAGUGUCAUGCUGUGUCUGCCGUUUCCCCCAGUUCACCAGAAGUAGAGGAACUCUGGCUAGAGACCCCCAAGGACAGAGUCAGAGCUCCCCAGGAACGAGACUCAGCCCUGGACAGGCAACCGCAACACCAAUGAAGUUGAUAAGCAGCUUCGAUGCUCCCAAAACACUAAAUGCCAAUAAUAUGGAGACUUUGGUCAAAUGUCAGUCAGAGGGUGACAUCAAGGAACAUCCCCUGUUGGCAUCCUGUGAGAGUAAAGACAGUAUCUGCCAGCUAAUUGAAGUUAAGAAGAGAAAGACGGGGCGGCCCUGGCCCUUUCUCACAAGAAAGCUCUCCCCUGCCUCAGAUUUCUCUGAGGCUUUGGAGCCUGAGUUGAAAGUGCCACUGUUUGAUCAGCCUUUGUCAGCGAUCUGCACUGAGGACGGCACACUGCCUAGACCCAUUCAGGACAUCCUCGCUAUUCUGUGCCUUAAAGGGCCUUCAACCGAAGGAAUAUUCAGGAAAGCAGCCAGUGAGAAAGCCCGAAAAGAGCUGAAGGAGGAGCUGAAUUGCAGGGACCGGGUGGACCUGGAGAGGCUCCCCGUGCACCUGCUGGCCGUGGUCCUGAAGGACUUCCUCCGAAGCAUCCCCCUUAAACUACUCUCAUGCGACCUCUUUGAGGAGUGGAUGGGCGCCUUGGAGAAGCAGGAUGAAGAGGACAGAAUUGAGGCCCUGAAGCAGGUUGUAGGUCAGCUCCCCCAGCCCAACAUCCUGCUGCUCAAACACUUGGUCUCCGUGCUGCACCUGAUCAGCAAGAACGCAGAAGUCAACAAGAUGGACUCCAGCAACCUGGCCAUCUGCAUUGGACCCAACAUGCUCACCCUAGAGAAUGACCAGAACUUGUCAUUUGAGGCACAGAAAGACUUGAACAAUAAGGUGAAGACAUUGGUGGAAUUUCUCAUUGACAACUGUUUUGAAAUAUUUGGGGAGAAUAUUCCGGCUCAUUCCAACACCCAUAUUGUUUCUGAUGACUCCCUGGAACACACUGACAGUUCAGAUGUGUCAACCCUGCAGAAUGACUCGGCCUAUGACAGCAAUGAUCCAGAUGUUGAACCCACCAGUGCCCACCACUCCCCCAGCAGGCAGCCCCAGGUAACCAUCCCUGUGGCUGCUGGUUUGGACAACAAGGAGCGACAGGAUACCUGUGAGUUAAGCUGGCAGCCCAUUGUUAGCACAGUAGCCAGGCUGAAAAGCUCCCUCAGCCAACGGGCAGACAGGAGAUUCUCAGAACCCAGUAGGCCACCCCCACAGGAGUGCGAGAGCCGGAUGACAAACCAAAAACUAACAAAAAGUGAGGACAACUUCACCAUGGCCCAGGCAGGCUCUUGUUUUGAAAAUGAGAAAGCUGGAGAUCCAUUUCCAGAGGAGGUGUUCUCUGCAGUAGAAGGCAAAAGCAAGAGACCGAUGGACCUGAGGAUUAAGAACCUGACCCAGGGUUUGGCAUUGCCACAGGGAGUGGUACCCAAAGCCCUUUCCAGUGGCUCCCCAGAUGGGUCCUCUGAUUGCUCACCUAUCAAUUCUCCUUCCUGCCCCAAAAGAAAUUUCUUCACCAGACAUCAGUCUUUCACCACAAAGACUGACAAAAGCAAGUCAAACAGAGAAAUUAAAAAACACUCCAUGUCAUUCUCUUUUGCCUCUCACAAAAAAGUACUGCCCAUAGCAUCCAGCCUUGGAUCUGGGAAAUCAAAAGACCUUACCAGAGACCAAGUCAAGAAGAGUCUGAGGAAAGAAAGCCAGUUAGCUGGCCGGAUUGUCCAGGAAAAUGGGUCUGACCUUCACAGCCAAACAGCUCUAGGCUUUGGUUUGCCAUCCAGGGCCUUCUCGGGUGACGAUGUGUUCCAACAAGUUGAAGGCAUGAGCCCUGGAAGCCCACCAUCUUAUGAGGAGGCCAUUCAGUGCCAGGCAUUGGGACUCGGGGCCUGUAGUGGCCAGACAGUUGGAAGUAUGAGGGCAAGAAUGCUCAGCCAGGACUCCACACUGUCAUCUCUUCUGCCUUCUUACCACAGAGGGGACUCAAGGAGCAGCUGCAGUGUGGAGACACUUAGUGGACACAGACUGUCUUCCAUGGCUGAGUACUGGAGGCAGAGCAGGACUGUCAGUGACUCUGUGGAGGCUCAAGGGCAUGUGACUGUACCAGGAAGGCCUGGACUUCGGCUGAGGACCAUGUCUGAGUCUCUACAGAAGGAUAAACAGGACUGUCUAGGUCAACGGUGUAGCCAGCCAAUCUUUGAGGCUGACCAACUCCACUGUGUUAAAGAAUCCUACAUUUAGGAAGGGAUGCACCAUGACUAAUCGUGGUGUCUCUGUAUAUAUAUAUAUGACUGUAUAAAAACCUGUGUGUAGAUUUUUUUUUAAGUCAUGAAUAAGCUAGUUUUGAACAUUGUACAGAGUCCUACUCCAUAAGGACAGCUACAUGGUCUGCAUCAGAUAGUCUCUGUGUGUACCUGGAUUAGUGCAAUACUUACCAAUAUAAAACGUGUAUUAUACACAAGGUGUUACGUGCAAAAGUGCCUGCAUAAAUUCUCGCAUACAUUUGUUUGUGUACUUGUGCACUUGUGAUGCACUGCUGUUCUUUGGUCCCUGGGGCAUUUCUCCCAUUGGCUACUGUUUAAAAAUCAUUUUUGCUCUUUUUAAUGUUGCUUUCAAAAUCAUGUCAAUUUUUCUACAAGUUCUAUUUAAGGGAAAAUCUUUAAAUCUCUGGUAUAAGUUUACUCUACUAAACAAGUGUGAGGUAAUUAUAUAGUGUAGAAGAAAGAAAUAGACUGCAAGAAAUAGAGUUCAGUGUUUGGGGUUGUCAGUGGCAUUAGAAGGAGAAAAAUGACAACAAAAUUGUGAGAAGUAUUUGAGUAUGUCCUUUCAAACAUCUAAUUAAAUUUGGAAAUGCAUUAUAUCAAUAUUAAGUCAUUUAGUGCACUUUGAGUUUCUGUGUAAUUCAAUGGUGUCUUGUGCUAUAGCAUAGAG